AUCACGUCCAAAUGUUUUGAAAAAGCUUUCUAGAGAAAUGUCUUGGCUAUUUGGUAAUACUGGGAAAAGCGAUAAGAGGAUGGAUGGUAAAACUGCCAUAGUGACUGGAAGUUCAUCCGGAGUUGGGUAUCACACUGCCCUAGAGCUGUACAAAAGAGGAGGAAGUGUAGUUUUAGCUAGCAGAUCUCUGAGAAAACUGCAAGAAACAGAACAAAGAUUCAAGAGAUAUUGUGCCAAUCUGAAGAAUGUUGGUCAACUUUCAAUCAUAGAGUUGGACUUAUCAUCAUUAGAGUCUGUCAGGAAAUGUGCCAAGACAUUGCUUGAUCAACAGCCAGAAAUACACAUUUUGGUAAACAAUGCAGGUGUGGUGUUGUAUAACCGUGAGUUGAGUGAGGAUGGCUACGAGAUGCAGUUUGCUGUCAAUCAUCUCGGCCACUUCCUACUCACUUUACUGCUCCUGCCUCGGAUCAUCAGGUCAGCUCCUUCCAGGAUCAUCAAUGUCACAUCAGAGCCCCAUUGUAUAGCUAACGACAUAGACUUGGACAACAUUAACUGUGAGGAAUCAUAUUUUUACCACACAGUGUACAGCCAAACUAAACUAGCGAACAUUUUAUUCUCAAACGAAUUGGUCAGAAGAUUAAAAGCUUGCGGAGUGACUGGAGUGACAGUGUACAAUGCCAAUCCAGGAGGAGUGAGAACAAAGAUGAGUGAUGAAUUUGCCUCAAUGAUCUUUCCUGGAGUCCUGUGGCUGUACAGGAAGAUUCAGUGGUUGGUCCUACAUUCCCCAGUCUACGGAGCGGCAACGACCAUACAGUGUGCAUUGGGCGAAUCAGAGGGGCGACAAACUGGACUGUACUAUACAGACUGUAAAGUUGCAGUACCUCCAAAAUCCACAAAAAAUGAAAAGAAAGCCAAACAACUGUGGGAUAUCAGCAUAAGAAUGACACAGCUUGUAAACAAAAACAGAAGUGAUGAUGAUUUCUUUUAUUCAGACUAAAUUAUAGGUUGAAAAAUGUAUACACUUUAAUUACUUAUAUAAAUAAAUGAUGAUGUCUC